UACACGGCAGUAGAAGAAGAAGAAGGAACAGGAAGUUGUGUAGAUUUUGCAAGCACAGUAAAGGGCAUUAGUGCAGAAGGUGCUGUAAUAGUGAGCAUGAACUCUAAUAUAGUUAUAAUCGGAUGCGGGAUAUCGGGUAUAACAGCGGCUCGCAAGCUUGUCAGCAGCGGGUUUAAUAAUGUGCGGAUACUAGAAGCAUCGGCGAGAAGUGGAGGAAGGAUAAAAACAGCCAGAUUGGGUAAUAAUGUUGUGGAGAUCGGGGCAAAUUGGAUCCACGGGCCAUCUGAGGAGAACCCAGUGUUUUCUCUCGCUCGUAAGUACGGGCUCCUGGAUCCAGAGGCCCUCACCCCAGAGAACCAGGCUAUGGAUGUCGCAGGACACCCCCCCUGGACUCCCAAAAUCUUCUGCAGUUCAGGUCGGAAGCUGAAUGCUGAGGACCUCUAUCCUGCUGAGGAGCUCUUUGCUGAGCUGCUGAAAGAAUGCUCAGAGUUUCAUAGUCAGGGUGGAGAACCCUGCGCCAGUGUGGGAGAAUUUUUACGGACAGAGGUGCAACGACGAGCAGCAGAGAGGUGGAAAGAUAUUGAUGCAACCACCAGAUCUCUGCGACUGUGUAUGAUCAGUAACCUGUUGAAGGGCGAGUGCUGUGUUAAUGGGGCUCACAGCAUGGAUGAGGUGGGUCCGGGGGCCUAUGGUCUUUACAAGACUCUACCUGGACUGGACUGUACAUUCCCAGGUGGCUAUGAAGGGCUAAUCAAAAACAUGAUGUCGGAGCUCCCCAGUGGUUUAGUGAGCUACAAUCGGCCUGUGCGUUGUGUCCAUUGGAGCAACUCAGAGAAGAGAGAAAACCCUAUUGUGGUUGAGUGUGACGAUGGGGAGAGGAUCGCUGCUGAUCACGUCAUUGUCACUGUACCUCUAGGAUACCUGAAGAAGCACCGUUCAACUCUGUUCCGUCCUCCUCUCCCUCUACACAAGCUGCACUCCAUCCAGAGACUGGGCUUUGGAACAAACAAUAAAAUAUUUGUGGAGUUUGAUUCACCAUGGUGGGACGCUGACUGUGAUAUCAUCUGUCUUGUGUGGGAAGAUGAGGAUGUCCUGGUGGACCAGGUGCCAGAUGUUCAGAGACCCUGGAUAAAGAAGUUGUUUGGCUUUACUGUGCUCAAACCCACUGAAAGGUAUGGCCAUGUUCUGUGUGGCUGGAUUGCUGGGCAUGAGUCCGAGUAUAUGGAGACGCUGUCUGAACAGGAGGUCACACAGGCCAUCACACAGCUUAUUCGUAGGUUUACAGGUAACCCUGUCAUCACCCCGAGGAGAAUCCUGCGUUCCCAGUGGUUUCAUGACCCCUGGACACAUGGAUCCUACAGUUACCUUGGAAAAGGCUGCUCAGCACAGGACUUGGAGAACAUGGUGGAGCCCCUGCCUACGAAGGGAUCACAGUCACAACCCCUACAGGUGUUGUUUGCUGGAGAGGCUACUCAUCCCUCCUUCUUCUCUACCGUCCAUGGAGCUCUGCUCACAGGGUGGAGAGAAGCCGAUCGACUCAUCUCUCACUACUCCUCCGUUAGUCCCUCUCAGCCAGCCACGUCAAAACUUUAAAAUAAUGCUGCUUUGACAAAAAGAGAUCUACCACUUUUUCAGACUAUAAUCUCAGAGUUUAAUUGGAGCAUUGUGUGUGAGCGGUUUAACUAAAUCAGAUGUUAUACAGUGGAUUUCAGGGCAGACAGCUCAGACGGGCAAUCAAGACAAGUGAUCAAUACAGUAUUGAAAUGAAUUAAAGCUACACCUGAAUGGC